AUGCCUCGUCACUCUUUUAUCAAGUCACUCUUUUUUUCGUCUUUCAUUCUCACAUCUCUGGCCGGAAGAGGUCCAGUCAAGCACCCGAAACCGUACCAUGAGGUGCCACAACGCUCCGGCAAUGACUAUACUGGAUUUCCCGAUAGCACAACUACAGAUCACUUGAAUCCUCGACAGGAAACGACCGUUGAUGGCCUAACAUCCAUCGACACCUUCACUUACAACGGGGAAACAUGGACUGCGUACGAAGACAUCACUCGAUUCGAUGGCCCGCUCGUCUUGGUGUCUGCUUCUGGAACUCGCAGAGAGAUUAAGCGAUACGUUGAAGCCUCCACGGACGAGUCUGUAUCAAUCAACCGAACAGUGGACGCAUAUUUUGGCCUGGAUCCUGCAAACGAUGUCAAUCUCAAGCAGAAUGACGUGUUGGCAGAGCGUCUUCUCCAAGAUGGCGAACCUGUUGAGGAACACGUUCGCGACGUCAUCGACCUGUCCUUCCUGCCAUGGGAUGUGUACCUUGGAAACAUCUACCGGGGCCUCGUUGACACAACCGACUGGGUCGAUAUCACUACAUUCGCCGACGUCGACUCCCCAGAUCCCGAUAUCGUUCACAUUUGGUUCUCUAUCAAGUAUGUCAAGGGCAGAGUCCUGCGUGCACAGAAGUAUGCUCUGGAUUACAAGCAGUUCCUGCCUUUGAAGGCGCAUCCUACUGCCAAUGACUUUUACCCUGCUUUGAUGCGAUUCGCCGAUUACUGGGACUCGCACGUAAAGGACGAAAUAUCUUUGACCCUUCCGGAUGAGAGCUGGUCGGAUAUUGGAAAACAUGCCUUUGCUGUAGAGCUUGUUGGUCGCGCUGGAGGUGUCACUCCCAGAUACGGUGCCUUCGAACGCGACUACGGCGGAUCAGAAUACGACGGCUUCCAAGACAUCAUGACCAUGUCGCUCACGGCUAACUUGGCCUGGGGGCGAUUUGCCCAGGCCAAGGCCAUCCUUGAGAACUACAUGGACUGGUAUGUCUACGAUAAUGGAGCCAUCAAGAUGCGUGGGCCUGCCGUGCCCCAGUUCGGCAUGUCACUUUCUUUGAUCGCACGCUAUGUACAGUACACGGGCGACACCGCGUUGCCGGAGAAGUACAAGACGAAGAUCCUCGCCUGGGCCAACAUGCUCACCACGCGCCAAGACGAGAACCUGAAGCUCCCUGAAGACGAUCCAUACUACGGCCUCAUUUCUGGCUGGAGCGAAUCUGAUGCGGCACUGAGAAACGAUGCAUGGCGGUUCGAGAAACCGUACUGGAACAACGCAGCGUUCGCUGCUCGCGGUCUUAAGGAUCUUAGCAAGAUUGAGACAUUUGCCGACCAUGCCAAUGACUGGAACACCCGCGCUGAACAGCUCAUUAACCAGACAUCCCUCAAAUUGGACCAAUGGAUCCAGAGGAACUUCACGCCUGCCUAUGUUCCUGUCCUGCCGAAUGAGACAACCCAUGUUCUCGAGGACCUGGCCGAAAAGGGAGAUGCAUCCUCUCAGUGGUGGCCGCACCGGGUCUACUCAGAACUGCUUCAAGCAUCAGUGCUCUCAUCAAACCACACUGACAUGGUAAUUGACUCCAUGCGCGCCUACGGAAUUACUAGCGUGGGUGUUGUUGCCAACGUGACGCCCCUCAGGUCCGAUACUCGCGACAUCUUGGGCUUCAUUUCAUAUGGCUACGCCCUUUCGUUGCUUGUCCAGGACCGCCUUGAUGAGUUCGUGCUCUUCUUGUACUCUCAUCGUUAUCACCCUUCCCAGUUUACGGUUCCCGUCUUGCUUAGGGCAGCACUGUUGUUCGAUCACCCCGACAAGGAUGCUUUGCUAGUUGGACGAGGCGUUCCGAGGAAAUGGCUCAGCAAGGGUAAGGUCGGAGUGCAGAGAGCCCCGACCAAAUGGGGAUCAGUCGACCUCGAUAUGCAGUUGGACGAGAAGGCGGGUACCAUCACGACGGUUCUAGGUUUCAGUAAGGCGCCUCCAGCUGAAGUUUGGGUCAAGAUGCGGAUUCCGGAAGGGAGUCAACUGAAAAAUGUCACUGUCAACGGUAGUGCGACGGAGUGGAAGGGAGAACAGGUCAUAUUGAAGCUUGCCUCGACGGCGCGUAGUGCUACUGUCGUGGGAACUUUCUAG